AACUUCCCCUUUUUUCCAAGGCUACUACUUGUCUAAAGAGACCUAGUAAACCCAUUGUAAGUUGCAGAUUUUCGAUCAUAUUCAUACCCACUACUCUUUCAUCAUUUCUUUCAGAUUCCCACCACACCCACCUCCCAAUUUCGAUUUUUAGUGAAAAAUUACACGUCUUUGAAAGCUUUUAUGGGUACUUUGGUUUGAUUUGUAUAAGUGCUUUCUCUGAUUCGGGUGAUUUGCAGUUGCACACCAACUGUUUGUUUAAAUGUCUACACACCGAUUCCUUUAGUGAAAAGGGAAGUAGCUCAUAUUAUCGACUAUUUGUUGUUGUGUAGAAGGAUUAUAUUGAACUUUAAGAUGGGAAAUGUAUGUGUAUCAUGUUACUCAAAGGAUGGAUUUUUCCAAUCAAUAUCACAUCCAUACUGGUGGUCUCGAUCACCAGAGAUGAUCUACUACAAAAACGAACAGCUUAGCAAAGAUCCACCAUCAAUACACCAAGAUCCAAAACCUCCUACCCCUAUUCAAAAUUCACCUCCAAAACUUGUGAUCAUAGCCAAAAACGACACCAAACCACCUCCACCUCUACCUCCACCCAUAGUUUCAUAUCAAGAAAUCAAAAUAGACAUAAAACAAUCUGAAAAGGAAAAGGCUUCAUCAAAUCCAAACCCCAAAAAGCAAAACAAUGUGAAGAGAAUGUUGAGUGCAGGUUUACAAGCUGACAAAGUAUUGAAAACAAAAACUGGGCAUCUGAAAGAGUACUACAACUUAGGUCAAAAGCUAGGACAUGGUCAAUUUGGUACAACUUUUCUCUGCAUAGAGAAAACCACAGGAAAAGAAUUCGCAUGCAAAUCAAUCGCGAAAAGAAAGCUGUUAACUGAUGAUGAUGUGGAAGAUGUCAGGAGGGAAAUUGAAAUCAUGCAUCAUUUAUCUGGAAACCCUAAUGUGGUUUCAAUUCAAGGGGCUUAUGAAGAUUCAGUUGCAGUUCAUUUGGUUAUGGAACUUUGUGCUGGAGGCGAAUUGUUUGAUAGAAUUACCAAAAAAGGACAUUAUUCAGAAAGAAAAGCAGCUGAUCUUGCUAGAACUAUUGUAUCUGUGAUUGAAGCUUGUCAUUCUUUAGGUGUUAUGCAUCGUGAUCUUAAACCUGAGAACUUUCUUUUUGUUGAUGAACAUGAAGAUUCGCCUCUUAAAACCAUAGAUUUUGGAUUAUCGGUUUUCUUUAAACCAGGUGAAACAUUUGUAGAUGUGGUUGGAAGCCCUUACUAUGUUGCCCCUGAAAUUUUGCUUAAAAAUUAUGGUCCUGAAGCAGAUAUAUGGAGUGCUGGUGUGAUUCUUUACAUUCUUCUUUGUGGGGUCCCACCAUUUUGGGGAGAAUCUGAAAAUGAGAUAUUUGAAGAGGUUUUGAGGGGUAAACUCGACUUUUCCUCAGAUCCAUGGCCUAGUAUCUCUGAAAGUGCUAAAGAUUUGGUUAGGAAAAUGCUUAUUAAAGACCCCAAAAGACGAAUAACAGCUCAUGGUGUUCUUUGCCAUCCAUGGAUCAGUGAAGAUGGUGUUGCACCAGAUAAGCCUCUUGAUUCUGCUGUUUUGAGUCGUUUAACUCAGUUUUCUGCCAUGAAUAAGCUCAAGAAAAUGGCUCUUAGGGUUAUUGCUUCAAAACUCUCGGAAGAAGAAAUUGCAGGAUUAAAACAAAUGUUUAAGAUAAUAGAUACAGACAACAGUGGUUAUAUAACUUUUGAAGAACUUAAAGCUGGACUCAAACGUUUUGGUUCUAAUCUUACAGAGUCUGAGAUUUAUGAUCUAAUGCAAUCUGCGGAUAUUGACAAUAGUGGUACUAUUGACUAUGAAGAAUUUGUAGCUGCAACAUUGCAUAUGAACAAAGUCGAUAGAGAAGAUCAUUUAUUUUCUGCUUUUUCAUAUUUUGAUAAAGAUGGAAGUGGUUAUAUCACACUUGAUGAACUACAACAAGCAUGUAAAGAAUUUGGAGUAGAUGAUGUUCAUUUAGAAGAAAUCAUCAAAGAAGCUGACCAAAAUAAUGAUGGGCGUAUAGAUUACAAUGAGUUUGUUGCAAUGAUGCAUAAUGGAAGUGAUAUUAUGAGGGUGAAGCCAUUGAAGGAUGAUUUUAAUAUGAUGUUAAGGGAGCCGGUUGCGGUUUGUUAAUAUGAAUAUUUAUAUUUAUUUGAUUUUGUAAUUAAAUGUCAAAAAUGGCAUCUGACUUUUGAAUGCUUCAAUAGUCUAUGAGGUGUUGCAUUUUGACUUAUAGAAUGUACUAUUGUUCUUGUAUACACGUGAAAGGAAAAGAUAAAACAAAGAGAAAGAGUCGACUGACUAUGUUGUUGUGGGUCCUAAUGUAUUGUGGAUCGGGUUGUGAUCGAUGAAAACUAUGUAUGUACAAAGUUUUAUGAUUCGUUAG